GGUGUAAAAAUGAGGCUGGAGAUUGUCUUUCUAUCUUCGUUCGUUUCCAAUCUUCGAACGGAGAGUCGAGUUGAGUGUCGGGCCGACUGCCGCGACUGUGUGUAAUGUCGACAAGAAUGUUGACGUUUAAUUCAACUCGUCGGAAGCAACGAAUACGUGUCGUGCGAGUCUCGUGAAUAAUGUCAACGAAUUCCUUAUAACUUACUACACGCAGCCGUAAUAAUGUUACGUACCGUGGAGUUUACGUAAACCUGUAAUAUUCAUGAACGAACAAUCAUCGUACGCGCGAGGGCUUUGGCUCGAACUGUGACGCGCCAUAUUGGUUUUAAGAGAAUUGUUCAUAUUAGUGGGCUUUGGGUGAAUCUGUUUUACUGCAAAUGCACGUAGUAUAAUAAAGUUGAGACGAUGGAAGAGACUAAAAUCAUAUAUCACAUUGAUGACGAGGAAACCCCCUACUUGGUGAAGCUUACCAUCUCACCGGAAAGGGUCACUCUUGCCGACUUCAAAAAUGUCUUGAAUCGGCCGAAUUAUAAGUAUUUCUUCAAAUCAAUGGACGAUGAUUUUGGUGUGGUGAAAGAAGAAAUUGUAGAUGACGAUGCCCAUCUUCCCUGUUUUAAUGGACGAGUUGUUUCCUGGCUGGUGUCUGCUGAAGGCAGCAAUGUAUCGGAUGGUGCAUCACAGUGCACAGAUUCAGUGGCACAUAGUGAGGCAAAACAUGAUCGUGUUGAUCAUGUGACACCUGGUCACACAAAUCGUGGCCCACCCCCAUUGUCACAUGAUGAUACUCUAACUGAAACAGAAAGUAUUACAAGUAGUCGACAAGGGCAUCAUUUGCACAAAAGUUCAAGACACCAUUCAGAUAAAUAUGAGAAAUACAAUAAAUACAAUGGACUUCGUAUAAAUGGUCAUUCGAAACACAGAUCGGGCCAUGGUUAUGAGACUGCUUCUAUUUUAAGUUCAGAUUUAGAGACAACAACAUUUUUAGAGUCAGAUGAUGAUGCUAGUAGCCGUAUAACAUCAACUACAGGCAGACAUACCAAUAUGAGUAGUACGGUUGACAGGGCAACUUUAGAGCGGCGUAGACCACAGAGGAGGAGACGUCAUAGAUUGCCACCUAUGUCUAGAACAUCAUCCUUUAGCAGUAUAACAGACAGUACAAUGUCUUUGAAUAUCAUAACAGUUUCAUUGAAUAUGGAUACUGUUAAUUUCCUUGGGAUUAGCAUUGUUGGUCAAAGUAACAAAGGUGGAGAUGGUGGAAUCUAUGUUGGUUCAAUAAUGAAAGGGGGAGCAGUUGCUUUAGAUGGCAGAAUAGAACCUGGUGACAUGAUUCUUCAAGUAAAUGACAUUAAUUUUGAAAAUAUGUCUAAUGACGAGGCAGUUAAAGUACUACGUGAAGUAGUUCAGAAACCAGGACCAAUCAAAUUAGUUGUUGCAAAGUGCUGGGAUCCAAAUCCAAAAGGGUAUUUCACAAUACCACGUACAGAACCUGUACGGCCUAUAGAUCCUGGUGCUUGGGUGGCACAUACGGCUGCUAUAAGGGGUGAAGGUUUUCCUCCACGCCCGCCAAGCGCCACAACAAUAACUUCAACAUCAAGCAGUCUUGCAAGCACACUGCCAGAUACAGAACGACCAUUGGAAGAACUUCAUCUUACGGUGAAUACCGAUAUGCCAACAGUAGUGCGAGCGAUGGCUCGGCCUGACUCAGGGUUGGAAAUUCGUGAUCGUAUGUGGCUUAAAAUAGUAAUACCAAGUGCAUUUAUUGGAGCAGAUGUUGUGGAUUGGCUUAAUACUCACGUAGAAGGAUUUAUUGAUCGACGCGAUGCAAGAAAAUACGCAUCUCUUAUGCUAAAGGCUGGAUUUAUUAGGCAUACAGUGAACAAGAUAACAUUUUCUGAACAAUGUUAUUAUAUAUUCGGUGACCUGUGUUCAUCUAUGAGUAGCAUGAAACUAGAUUGCGAUACAGUCGGACCAUUACCUCCGCCGAAUGCCUGGGACAUGCCUUAUUCAGGGACAUAUGCACCUCAUUCUGCAACUGGUUACAGUCCAAUGCCAUUUAACUUCACUAACGAACCAACUGUAUAUGGUUAUCACCGAGAAGAAAGUGUUCAUAGCGGUUCAGGCGGCAGUAGCGCAGGUAGUGAGCAUAUUUGCAAAGAACCUAUUCACGAUUUGAAGUCCUGUUCUUCAGCAUCUGAAUCUGAAUUGCAUAUUCCAUCAGUGCCAACUAUGCCAAGUAAAAAUUCUGGCAAUGGAAAUGGUUCGAAUGGAAAGAGGUCUAACGGCAGUCGCAGUCGUUCCAGUGGUUCUGAACAAUCUGUGCAGACAGGAACUGGUUCAGGAAAUCAACAGAACCAACAAGACUUAUCUGAGCGGCGUAUGCACGAGGAAACUCGUACACUGACUAGCGGUUUGGACAACAAUAGCAGAGACAAUAUCUGUGAGUGUAUUUUAUUUUGUCACAUCGAGGGACUCACGCUGAUUCCUUUCUUUCCGUAUAUCUCUGUCUUUUCGAAUUUCAAACAUUAAUGAAGAAGACAUUUUGGAGUACCAGUUUCUGCACAAGUGAAGAUAUUUGUUAAUGCAAUACGUAUACGUAAUGGUGGUACUAUAGGAGUUGAAAAAAAGGAAAUUAAGGUAUAUUUCCACUUGACUUUGAAUUGGGUGGAUGGAAGUAGCAAACACGAGACAUAUAUAUAUUUAUACAUAUAUAUAUAUAUAUAUAUAUAUAUAUAUAACAGACGAAUUUUGAUUAAGCGUCAUAGAAAAUAAAGAAUCUAAACUAUAUAUAAUUUGUAAUGGCUAUACAUAAAAGAAGGAAAUAGGAUUAAGGCCAUCAAAUUUCCAUGUGGUAUUUAAUAUCAUUCGAAAACGUGAUCUAUAUAUAGAUUUCGACAGGAAAACAAGAAAUGAUGGCGAAAAAGCGUGCUUUUUUAACGCAGGGUGUAUGUAGAUUGAGAAAAAGGAAUUCUCGUUAAUUCCAUAUAUGUGUUUUAUCGAUACUUCUUGUUCUACCUUUGUUUUUUUAUUUUGAAAUAAUCGCGAUAAUUAUGUAUCAUUUUCGAUUGUAUAUAUUUUCACACCGUUUGUCAGUUUAAACAAUAAUGGAUAUUUUCAGUUGGGCUUAAAAUUUUUCAUUUUUGAUCUUAAAAGUUUUUGAAAGUAAAAAAAUUCUUUUUUUUUCUAACUGUUUCAUUUGUUCCUUUUUUCAAAUAUUAAUUAUCAUGUUAUAAUAUGGCUGUAUUUUUAAUUAUACGGGUAUAUGAACAUCAAAUUUACGAAAUGCAGAAUGGAAACUAAGAUUUUGGUACUGAGGAUGGAACUGAGGUAAAGGAGCAAAAAGUGUCAGUAUAAUACGAGAUAAUAUUCGCAAAAUUCCUGAUUUAUUAGUACAACUUAUGACUGCAAAUACGUCUGUAAUGAAGUGUUAAUUCAUGCUAUGAAAAUUAAUUAGUAUGAGGCAUAUUAUACAAUUGUUGUAAGUAUUAUCGUUUCACCUGAAUUUUACGCUUAAAUGAAAAAGAAAAAUUGAAACUUUUGUAACUAUAAAUAACACAGAACACUUUUUAUCAAUCUUUAUAUGAAAAUAUUCUAUUGGAGUUUUCGCGUUAAUUCAAUCAAGCAGCUAUAGAAUAUUUAAAACAUAAGUGAUGAUAAUUUCACCAUUAUUCUUCUAGUUUAAGCAAACACCAUGCGUCGUUGCAUUUUCUUUAUACUAAAUAAUUGAGAACUCGAUGUAUGUACGAUUUUAUUUUUCCAUGCUACUUUAACCGAUUACUCGUUAAGGGAAGGCAAUACGUAAAUAAAUUGUAAAGAUAGGAUUAUAUAAUUGGUGAAACACUUUCUCCCCCGAUUCUGUGUGUAAGUUUAUACGAGUAAGUGUGAUGAUACUGCAUUGUCAUGUGCAUGCACGAGUCUUCUCCCUCACUAUUAGAAUUACGAAUAAAAAUGGACAAAAAAAGAAUGGAAGAAUAUGAAGUAAACCUCGACGAGUCAAUAUGAAUCGAAUGAAAGUUUACUCAUUGAGACGCAUUCGAACGCUAUUCCGACUGAAGUAUUUUAACGUCAUUUAGAGUACCAUAGUACAAGGCGACAAGAUAGUCAAUCGAUAUCGCAUUUACAGACAGAUAGUUCAUUCCUUGUAUUUUUUAUCCCUUUGCGAGACAAAUGUUUGCGGACUUUUUUAUCGAGGCUACGACCGCGUACACGGUGUCAUCGAUACUCUAUUUGCGAUGUUCAACGAUUUUUACACUAUUUAUUAUAUAUUAUGCGAAACUAAGAGAUUUGUAAAAAGAAGAAAAGAAAGAGAAAACGCGGAGCUGAAGAAAAGAAAGAGUAAGAAAGAAAGUGGCGCAUUCAUUAGACCGAUAAAAUAAAUGACUUCUUCAAUGUGUGUGUUUCGUGGAAACAUUGCGAGAUGAUAUGACAGAUUAUGUAUGUCGAGACGAUCUUCUUUGCCGCCUUUUUCUGUCGCGAAACUAACUGCGAAAAAAAAAAAAAAGGAAAACAAAAUGUAAUGCGAACGAGUUUAUAUCCAUAGUAUACACGAUUACGUGGAUGUAACGAAUGAUCACAAUGGCUCAGAUUAUUCCGUAAGAUCAGGUAAAGAUCUACAGGAAGCGUAAGCUAAAAUAGAACGACGAAAGAAUUCAAUACAUGUAGUAGUGUGUGGAUAUACAGGGAAAUAGAUUGUAAAGAUUUUUAUGACUGUCUGAAAUUAUUAUUGUCUUUGGUA